AUUUGCUUGAAUUUCAAUCCAGUUUCAAAUUCUCCAGAUCAUACUCUCUCUCAACUAUGGUUGUAGCUCAGAAACUCAAGGAAGCUGAGAUCACCGAGCAGGAUUCACUUCUUCUGACGAGAAAUCUGCUGAGGAUUGCUAUAUUUAAUAUUAGCUAUAUCAGAGGCCUUUUUCCUGAGAAAUACUUCAAUGACAAGUCCGUUCCUGCCUUAGAGAUGAAGAUUAAGAAGCUUAUGCCCAUGGAUGCCGAUUCUCGCAGACUUAUUGACUGGAUGGAGAAAGGGGUGUAUGAUGCACUGCAGAAGAAGUACCUAAAAACAUUGCUUUUCUGUAUUUGUGAAGCAAUUGAAGGUCCCAUGAUUGAGGAAUAUGCAUUUUCUUUCUGUUACUCAAGUUCUGAUAGCCAAGAGGUUUCAAUGAAUAUCAACCGCACUGGAUAUAAGGAGGGAGGAACAGUCAAGUGCAAAUCUAUGAGUGAAGUUACUCCCAGUCAGAUGAGGAGUUCUGCUUGUAAAAUGGUUCGUACAUUGAUUCAAUUGAUGAGAACUCUGGAUAAGAUGCCAGAAGAGCGAACAAUAUUGAUGAAACUACUGUACUAUGAUGAUGUUACGCCUGCAGACUACGAACCUCCUUUCUUCAGAGGCUGUACAGAGGAGGAAGCUCAUAAUGCAUGGACCAAAAAUCCCUUAAAAAUGGAGGUUGGAAAUGUCAAUAGCAAACAUUUUGUUUUAGCUCUAAGGGUUAAGAGUGUGCUAGAUCCUUGUGAGGAUGAAAAUGAUGAAAUUCAAGACGAUGAUGCCAGCCUUGGAGCCAAUUCUGGGCAAAGAGACGAUUAUUCUGAUUCUGAUAGUGAGGUUAGCCAUUCUCCAGGGAAGCAGUAUUAUGUUGCACCAGUAGAUAAGCAUCACGAUCAAGGAGAAACUGGCUUAAUCGAUGAGGAUGAUACUCAAGAUCCAGAAGAAGAUGAACAACAGCUAAGCAAGAUUAGGAACUGGAUAAACUCUCACCACCGAGACACCUUGGAAAUCACUGAUUUUCUUGCCAGUUUCCCUGAGAUUUCAACAGUCUUGAUUGAAGAAAUUAUGGAGAAGCUCGUCAGGGAAGGUAUUAUGUUCAAAAAUGAAACUGAUGGUUUCACCAUCAAGAAGCAACAGAACUCUGAGUAUGAGUUUGAUGUGGUGAAAGAGGAAGCCAAUGAAAACAUUAAUGCAGUUUUUGACAAAGCUCAGCAUGAAGACCACAUGUACAUGAAGGCUCUGUACCAUGCUCUGCCAAUGAAAUAUGUUACUGUUACAAAGCUUCAGAGCAUGCUAGAAGAUGUAAACCAGUAUACUAUACGCAAGCUGAUUGACAAAAUGGCCAUGGAUGGGUUUGUUGAAACCAAAGGUAGCAGAAGGCUAGGUAAGCGAGUCAUCCAAUCUGAUCAUACCGAGAAAAAGCUUAUUGAAGUCAAGAAAGCCUUGAAAGUUGACCUCAUGGAUCUGGAUACCAAUAAUUCAAACAUGAAGAUGAAGUCUGCUGAAUACCAGAGUGCAGGAAGCAAUCUGAGGGACAUUUCUACCUGUGGUGCUUUACGCUCUAUUGGAUCCGAUGUUACGCGUACAAAAGAGAGGUCUGAUUUACAUCAAAAUGGAUCUACCAGAAGCGAGCAGACUAUUUCAAAGGGAAGGGAACGUGGAAACACACCCAUAACCAGGGUUGAGCCUGUGCCAUCGAGAGAGAGCUUUGUGCCAGGAAAUGAAAAUGGGAGAGCAAAGUCCAAGAACAUUAAUGAUGGCGAUGCAGUUAUCUGUAGCUGGUCCAAUGAGGUCAAAAGAUCUAGGAAAGCAAGUAUGGUUGAGGAUCAUAUUCUUCAGUCCAUUAAGCGCCCGAAAGCCGCACUUUGAAAAGUUUGAGCAUGAUGAUUCAUGAACUUCCCUGAGUAGUGCUGCUCCAUCUUUAUAUUGACCCUAUUAUUAUAUAAUAUGGCUAAGAUACGAUUUAAAUCAUGUUCAAGCUUUAUUCUAUU